CCACCAAGUCAUCAGCUACCUUGUGAUUCCCCACCGCCGAGAGCUUCACCGGAGUCCAUCUGGACGUGUCAAAGACACACACCAUCACCGAGGUCCAACCAAACUGCAGGAUAUCAACCGUCGGGAUGUGUCGUAUGGAGGUACACAUCUACUCCUGCACCCACAUCUGGGCCCUCAAAGAGCGCUGCCCCUUCCACCGGAUGCCAAAUCACCAGGAACUGCCGGCCAGGACCCUGACGAUUGCAAGUCCCUGCCUGAUUUGUCGUGACCCCCCUACCAGGUACACGUUCCUGAGGCAGAAAACGCUCUUCACUACUCAGUCCAUGGAGACUAUCCUUGGCAUGUCCCGUCACGACCCGGGUUUCAUUGACAGUGUGACACGCUUUUACGCGAGGGGUGAUCACGCUCGCUGGAUGCAGCCGGGAUACCUGCGACCCAAGAGCCUCGAGGAUCAUCAGGAGGAAGAGGCGUACUUGCAGGCGGUGCUGGUUUCGUCGGGGCAGAGUGUUGUCGACACUGCUGUUGCCACCAGGCCUGCUGCAGGCACCUCUCAGGAAGCUGUCACAAUGACUUCCUCUUCCGCCGCCGGUCACUCGACGUUGAACACGGAGCCUCAGAACGUCGCUGCCCAUCCGCCUCUUGAGAGAGUGGGAGAGGCGCAGCCCCGUCCGCCGAUCGUGGUCGAGAACGAGGCUACACAAUCGGCGAGAUUGGUGCUAGGGCCUCAGAAUCAGACACUAGUGGUUGGAGAGUCGGCGCUGGGAACACUUCUGGAGUAUUUUGGCACGGCUCCUGCGCCAGCAUUUGUUGAGGUUAGUUCUUCGAGUCGUCCAAUAAAGGCAGGCUGAUAUGCGUUUGUUGACACACAUACACACACAGGACGAUGAUCCACCAAGUCCAUAUGUGCCGAUGCCGAUACUCAACUAUGGGACUGUUCAGCAGCCGCCUGCCAUGAUCUCACACACAGACCCGA